AAAUAUUAACAAGAAAAAAAAAAAAACAAAGAAAAUGCAGACGCGCACACGUAUUGUACUGGGAGGGAGUGAGAAGGACACUCUCUUCCGUAUAUGACGCUUGAAAUGAAGAUUUGGCAUUUAGGAAAAACAAAUCACAAAUAACUACUGUUAUUAGAUCGUCUUCACGAUCCUCUUCUGCUCCUCAUACCUUACCUCUGCUAACUACUACCAGGUGCUCCUUUUCUUUUCUUGCGUUGCAGUUUAGUGUACAUACGAAGCCCACAGUGAGAGAGGGAGAGAGGGAGACAACCCACGAUCUGUGCAUAUCCUUUUUUUUGUGUGUGUGGGUUUGACAGCCCCACAAGAAAGAGAUUAUUGAGUUAUUAAGGGCUAAAGCUAAAAUCAAUCAUGCCAUCCGGUGCUAAGAAGAGGAAAGCAGCCAAGAAAAGGAGGGAACAGGAGGCCAACAACAACAACAACUCUUCAAUCAGUACCAACAAUCCUCAAGGAAAUGAUGACCCAAAAAGCCAUGAUGAAAGAGAGAGUGAUGGUGGUGAGGUUGGUACCCCUGUAUCACAGGACCAACACAACCACCAGCAUCCAUUUAAUGAGGGGAAUGGAGAAUCUGAGAAGGGAGGCCCGUUGCCUUCUGACUCAUUAGCCGACCAGAACAAGCCCAUGGAGGUAGUCACUGGGGAUGCAGAAGGAAGCCUAAAAGUUGAAUCAGAGGACAACAUUGCUGUAAAUAUUGAGAGAGAAGUGAACUCUAAGCAAAAUGUGGAGAGUAAAAAUGUUUUUAUCGAGCAUGUUGAUUCUUCUAAGGAAUCUCAUGAUGAAGAUGACAGGAGUUCUAGCAGUAGUAGUUUCAGCAAUGAGUCUCAAGCUUUCGAGAAGAAAUCGAAGGAAGCCAAUGAUGAAGAAAAGGAAAAUGGUUCUUUUUCUGAAGAGGUGAAGCAGAUCCCCGAAAAUGAGAAACCAGUCAAGGAAGCUGAUAGUAAUUCAGUUUUGGAAACUGCUUCUGCUGAUUUGGUUAAUCCUGCGGUGCCUAUAUCUGAGACAGCAAAAGUUGUUAUUGAGAUUGCUCAAGUUGAAAAUCCAGAGGUUCUGGAAGUGGUUGAAUCUGGUUUUGAGGAUGAUGAGGACAAAUUGUUGCCUGUAUCCAAUGAGAUUGCUGAAGUUUCACCAGCUAUUGUAGUGCCAAAGAAAAAUGAAGAUAAAGUUUUUCCUAUUUCAGAUGAGAAUGUUAGGGCAUCUGCAAAUGUGGUUGCUUCUUCUGCAUAUGGAAAUGUAGGGAAAACAUUGGUAUCAUCAGUCAGUCAUUCUGCUGAAACUGGUAAUGGUGAAGAAAAAACCAAAUACACUGAUGCUCGUCAAAGUACUGAAAAUAAGCCUCUUCUUGCUUGUGGUCCACGAGUAGCAGAAAGAACAUUGUGGAUGAGUUGCUGUGGUAUAUUUGAUGUUCUUACAGGCUCCAAAUAGAUAAUUUCAGAAGUUAGCACGAGGAAGCUGUCGUGGACUGGGAAUCUGAGAAGGAUCUGGUUUGUACAAGUUUGAGAUACGAGAGUUAGAAUCUCUUAGAAAAUUUCCGAAACAAUAAAUGGCAGAAAACCUAAAUAGAUAAAACAACUAUAUGAACUUGGCAAUUAUUGAGUUUCAUCAAUGGUGCCUAGCUUAGUUCGACCAAGCCUAAGCCUGAUUUCCUUGUUGAUUUUUUAUGGUGUUAGUAGAGACCGCAAGUUGUAUGUGUUUUUUUCCUUCCAUUUUUGAUUAGCAUGGGCAGAUUGGUGUUUUCUCCUCCCCCUUUCUUCUCCUAUUAUUGCUACCAGCUGAAUUGUGAUUGAUGUAGUAAUUUUCCUUUUCUUUUUGUAAUUUAGUAAUUUUACCUUCUAUUAGGUUCUGCUUCAA